AUGAAUAGUGAAAAUUAUAAGACAGAAAUUCAUUCUAUGAUUGAAAAUGGUAAAGAUCCAAAGGACAUGGUUAUUUAAAUGUGCCGACCAUAAUGUAAAUGGUAUGAUGAUAAGUACGACAGAUGUGUGAAGGCCUUCCUUUCUUUGAAAAAUGCUGAUCCUGAAAAAAAUUGUGUAUUAUUUAGAUUAAUAGUAAGAUGUACCCUUACAGAGAUUUGGUGACUUGUGUUGAAGCUUGUGUAUAGCCUAAAAUAUAGCAUGCUCUGAGAGGAAAUGAGCAGGGUUCAAUAUUCGCAUGA